CAUCCAUACCACAUAAACACAAGGCCACUAUUCAUGCUAAUAAUUUAAGUUUCCCACUCGCUAUAGUGGCUAUGCAUUGCAGCACAGCCCACUCGUCCAUAAAAGCUGCUCACCUUCCGAAGCCUUAGGAUAGUUCUAGGCAACCAUGCGUUGAAGAAGGCAUUCACGGUACAAUUUGAUGACCAGACGAAAAGAAUGUACACUUGCUUUUGCUGUAAAUUGCCAAGGACCUCACUGGGUCAGCUAUCGGAAGGCGAAGAUAGUAUCCACCAGUACGAUCAUUAGCUUGCCGACGUGCAACUCGCUGCAAAGCAGGGUUGUCUAAUGUGCUCCUUCAUACUCAAAUGCGUCGACUGGGCUGCGCCAAAGUUUUGCAAGUACGGCGAUGUUGGGAUAGUAGCUAUCACGCUUGUUGAGUGUUUGUUCGUAUUAUACCUUAAGAGCCAAGAAAUCAUUAUCCUGGAAGUGUUCUCGCCCUGCGGUCGAGGCUUGAUACCAUGGGAUAACGAUGUCGACAAAAGUGCACGGCGCCUGCUUCCUGGAUCAUCGUCUUCACGAGAAACCUUCGAAAGUAUGAACCAAUGGAUCCAAGAAUGUAGCUCGAAUCAUACCCUUUGCCAUUCCCACGACAAGGAAGAUAGCAUUGACUGUAAACACCCGAAGCGGAUCCUCGAUCUUAGUAAUGGCUCCAUAGUUCUUAGAGAGAACUUCCAGUCAAAACGCUAUGCCUGCUUAAGUCACUGCUGGAGCUCUGCCGCCGAUGUUCCAAUGACGACUUCAAGUACCUUACGCAAAUUGAAGCGAAGAGUCCCAGUAAACAUACUCACGAAGACGUUUAAAGAUGCCGUAUCCAUCUGCCGAGGUCUAGGCAUACCCUAUCUAUGGAUCGAUUCGCUUUGUAUAUAUACACAACGCUCCAUUAUUAAUCACCUCAAAAUCUUGAGGUUUGCACCUCAGUUUUUUGAGGGGUUUCAUGCUAACCCCUUGUACGUAUAUGGCUAG